CGUGUGCGCAGGCGCGGCCCCGCCCCCGCCCGGGCCGCGCGCGCCGUUUCCGGCCGGACGGCCUCGGGCGCGAUUCCCCCGGGGAACGGCGGCGCCGGGCGUCGCGCCGGCCCAGCCCCCGGGAUGGCGCCGCAGCCCCCCGAGUCUGUGGAGGCGCUGUCCGCCGCGGGCAACGAGAGCUUCCGCAACGGCCAGUUCGCCGAGGCCUCCGCGCUCUACAGCCGCGCGCUGGAGGCGCUGCAGGCGCAAGGUUCAUCAGACCCCCAGAAGGAAAGUGUCCUCUACUCCAACCGGGCCGCCUGUCACCUGAAGGAUGGGAACUGCGCUGACUGCAUCCAGGACUGCACUACGGCCCUGGCCUUGGUUCCCUUCAGCCUGAAGCCCCUGCUGCGGCGAGCGGCAGCUUAUGAGGCCCUGGAGAAGUACCCCCUGGCCUACGUCGACUACAAGACAGCGCUGCAGAUCGAUGACCGCGUGACCUCAGCCUUGGACGGCGUCAACAGGAUGACCAGAGUGCUCAUGAGCUCCCAUGGGCCUGAGUGGCGCCUGAAGCUGCCCACUAUCCCCUUGGUGCCUGUCUCCGCUCAGAAGCGGUGGGAUGCCGUGCCCCCCACGGAAGCUUCCACGGCAAGGAGAGUGCCUUCUGCUGGGGAUCUGGAGAGAGCCAGAGUUCUGAAGGAAGAAGGCAAUGAGCUUGUAAAGAAGGGAAACCAUAAGAAAGCUAUUGAGAAGUACAGUGAAAGCCUCUCGUUUAGUAACCUGGAGUCGGCCACAUACAGCAACAGAGCGCUCUGCCAUUUGGUCCUGAAUCAAUACAAGGACACCGUGAAGGACUGCACCGAGGCCCUCAAGCUGGACGGGAAGAACGUGAAGGCCUUUUACAGGAGGGCUCAAGCCUACAAAGCACUCAAGGAUUACAGAUCCAGCGCUGCCGACCUCAGCAGCCUCCUGCGGAUCGAGCCCACCAACGGCCCCGCGCAGAAGCUGCAGCAGGAAGUCAAGCGGAAUUUAAACUGAGACCCCGGGAGGGCCGCAGGGACGCUCCUGCCCGCCCUCCUUCCUCCGUGCCUGCCUGCGGGCCCCAGCAUGCCCCAGCCUGAGCCCUGCGCGCUCCGUCCCUGUCCUGACCGCGCUUCAGCUCCAACGCUGCCCCUCUCUCUCCACUGGGCAUGGCGA